AUGGAAGAAUUUAAAAAUCAAAACGGUUACAUUUCAAAUUCACGGCAAGUAGAAGAUGUAAUAAUGCAAAUAGAGGAAAAAAUACAAAAUAAUAAAGAAUGGCAUGAAAUUUUUUCAGAAUUCUUUAUAAAAAUUAGAAUGAAUGAGACAAAUAUGAUGUUUACAACAGAAUUAUUAGUAUUUUCAUCUGAUCUAGAAAAACUAUUGAUGAAAAAUAUAGAUUGGCUAAUACAAGAAUUAAAUUGUAAAAAUGUUAACUCUACGAUUAAAAGGAAAAAAGAAGAUGAAGAUUUUUCAAACGCUAAUAAAAUUCAAAGAUUGAUUAAACCACAGGAUGUACGGACUACUAGUAAAGAAACUAACCCCGAGAUUGAGAAAAGAAUUGAAUCAUUUAUUCAAUUUAAAAAACCAGAUAUGAACGAUCCUAGUGAUCAAAACAAUUCUACCAGUUCUGAUAAUUUUAAUAUUUCUUCUGAUGCCAAAACUGAUGAUACAGCGGUGGAAAUUAAUCGUAAUGAAUUCGGUGUGGUAAAUAAUAAUGACAACGAUGAUGGUGUUGAGGAAAGGCUUCAAAAUAUUGAAAAACAUUUGAAUAAACGACCAAUCGUCAAAAGUGUUCCUCAUGAUGUUUAUGAACGAUUAAAAGUGUUGGAAGAUAAAAUAAUGAAAUCUUUGCCAAUAAUCUCAUCAUCACCUCAAUCAAUCAUUUCUCUUAAUGAGAAUAUUGAACCAACCCUUCCAAAAAUGAAAAUGGAAAUUGAUCCAGGAGUUCUUGGUGGCAUAUCUAUCAACAAUCAUAAAGAUGAUAAUAAUGAUGAUAAGAUUGUUGAAUCAAAUGACGUUUGGAUGUGA